CCGGAGCCAGCGUUCAGUCGUUGCUAGCAACAAAAUCAGUUACUUUGUGCUGUAAUAAGUGGCUUUACCUGUUCGAGGAUGAGCUCGGGUUCAACGUGUGCUGUUGUCGGCUGCCACAAUAAUUCAAGAAAACUGAAAAACGCAUUAGAAACAUUUUGCCUUGAGCAUCAACAACUUAGAAAGGCCUGUCCGUGCCCACCGCCCUACGCACUGCACUCUAUGCCGCGGAAGGAGGAUCGGAAACUAGCGUGGCUGGCAGCUUUAAGACUCAAACACGCUCCAAAGAGAGUUUAUGUUUGCUCCUUUCAUUUUAUCGACAAAAAGCCCACAGAGCUACACCCCGACCCGGAGCUUUAUCUGGGCUAUGACCGACCCCCACCAAAGAAAAGAAGAAAGCUCACUCGGACUACUUUGAGUGUGACAGCUUCCAGUGAACAACACAGAAUCUGUACCAGACUGCGCAGUGGCACCUUCAGUCAUCUUAGACCAGGCCAGCAUCUCCGAACAACCCCCUGAGCCACAUCUGCACUCAGUCCACACACAGUGGGAGGAUCCUUCGCAACAAGACCAUCAAUACUGCAACAGGUCUCGCAGAAAAGAUGUGCAGGAUAAGAUGACUCAGUGUGAUGAAGUUGCAUAUUUCAUUCUUCAAAAUGAUGCAGACGCUUUGCUGUACACUGGGAUAGCCUUAGAAACAUUUAACACACUUGUGUCGACACUGGAAGGAUAUGACAACAAUGAAUUUACAGUGCCUGUGCGAGAUCAAGUCCUCAUGACACUUAUGAAAUUAAAGAGUAACCGUGUAAUAGGUGACCUAAGCCGCCAGUUUCAUAUAUCACAAAGCAUGGCCAGCAAGAUCAUCUCACACUGGUUAGACAAGCUGGAGGAAGUUCUCCGACCAUUAAUUCCAUGGCUGCCAAAAGAAACUAUUCAAGCAACUAUGCCUGAAGCCUUCAAGAAGAACUUUCCAAAUGCUACAUGCAUUAUAGACUGCAGUGAGACCCUUUUACAGAAACCCAGAAAUCUGGGCUCAAGAGGAGAAUCAUACAGCCAUUAUUAUUCACACAACACAGUCAAAUAUUUGGUUGCUGUUGCACCAUGUGGACUAAUCAUGUUUGUGUCUGCGGCAUAUGGCGGCCGAUGUAGUGACAAAUUUAUCACAAUGGACUCUGGAAUAUUAACAUACCUAAAACCUGGUGAUGAAGUCAUGGCAGAUAGAGGUUUUACAAUUAAAGACAUACUCUUUGAGAGAAAAGUUAGAUUAGUAAUACCUGCUUUCACAAAAAAAUGUAGACAGCUAACUGAGGAACAGGUAACAUACACACGUCGGAUUGCAAAUGUAAGAAUCCAUGUUGAAAGAGCAAUCAGACGCUUGAAAGUCUACAAAAUACUUUCACAAAUUGUUCCUAUAAGCAUGGCUCCUAAAGUAGACAAGAUACUGAGAAUAUGUGCUGCUCUAGUCAACUUAAGAGAGGAUCUCAUUCGUGAUACACAAUAAUUGUGUAUGUUAUGAACAAUUGUGGACUCGGGGAUAUUAAGAUGGUUACUCAGGACAUCAAGUUGUGUAGUGUAAUGUAAUUAUUUUAAAGUUAAAAUUUGAUGUACAUAUAUGUAGAGAGUAAAUAAUUCCCUUUUUUAUCUUCUGUUCUAGAAGAAAGGUUAUGUGAUACAGUACAG